CAUCCUUCAUCCUUCAACGAUUUUAUUGGUGACAGACUGAAACGAAUCAGUAUAAAUUUAUCAUAACAGUAACGAACGCAAUUAAACGAAGAAGAGCGUUCCCUGUUGUCAUCACAACUAACUACCAAGACAUCUUCCUCCAGAUAACAAUGCAUGUCCGCAUGAUGAAGGCAUUGGUGAUAUUUGUGAUUGUGUGUGUCGGAAACUGUGCAGCUAAUACUGUGGCAGCAAGGGGUGUAAAGGGGAAGGCCUUCACAACCAGCACAAUAAAACUGGGUGACGAGGAGCUGUUCACAGUGACCGCUGCGGAUGGGACACCUUUGACAACCAUUGAUGUUGUCCGUAAUGAGGGAUAUGAAAUCGAGCUUACUCAAGAUGGCAGAAAGUGUCGGCUUAGCAAGGUUUAUGACACCAGUUCGUGUUUCGAAGAGGCGCCACUUACGGACGAUGAGCCGGUGUUGGCGCGUAUUGCUGACCGUUGCAAAGGCAGAGAGAUCGUGACCUUGAAGCCUAAGGAUUGCAAAGACGCAGCCACUCGAACAAAGCGGGCUUGCUCAUAUCAAGCUCGUGUCGUUUGCAGGACGAGUAACUGGCGGGUGACAUGCGGGACAGAGAUGCAGCUAGUAUGUGGAUGGUAAUCACCCAGCCUCGGACGACAUGUUCCCACUUUCAGCUUAACGCUUACAAAAGAACUUAUUUUUAUAUAACUACUUGCUUCAGUUCCUGUAUUUAUACUGUUUUACAAUACUUUUUUUUCUGAAUGAGCAGUUUGUCGUUAAAAUAUUCAGAUUUUAUGAGAGAAUAUCUUCAUUUUUCAACAAUUUGAAAUUAAAUAGUGCAUAUAAUCUUAAUGCAUAUGUGUUUUCUAUCCUUUAUGGAUUUAAAUAUUCACUUAUUUUUUCUUAAAACAGAGAGCGCCUUUCCGUACAUUCUUGGAAAUUGUCAUAUAUUUGUAAAAUCAUUCAUAAAAAUGUUGACGCAUGUAUUUAUUUUAAUGCUUAAGUCGCAAAUAAACUGUUUGUUCUUGUUUCUCUUAUAAAGUAAACUGGCAAUAAAUUCUUUAAAAAAA